AUGAUCGAUCAGUUUAUUGACGAUGAUGAGCUCGUGACGGUGGGAGAGCACUGCUGCGAAAAUGAACCUCAUCUCAGACCAAAGGCUCUGGAUGACAUCGUGUCCAAGCUAGUCGAGAUCAAGACAAGGCUGAAGAACAAGCGACUGCUUCAUCGUUCAGGUACGUCCGUCAUCGAGUCGGAUGAGAAUGGAAGUAGCCAAGUAACCUGUGCAGGACUAGACGUCAUGGAAAACUCGACGCUUGAUUUCAGCUCAGAGCCAGGCAAUCUGACAUUGAACUCUACUGAUGGCUCAGUUGUUGUUUUUAGCCUACUCUUUUCACUAUCAGCUUUGACAGUGGCAAUGAACGCCUUGAUUCUGAGGGCAUUCCAUAUCGAAGGAAAAUUGCGCACCUAUUCCAACCAGUACAUCCUCAACAUCACCAUCGCUGAUCUUCUAGUAGGGUAUAUGAUGGCGAUCCGUAGCACCGUCAAUUUAUUCGGAAAGUGGAUUUUUGGAGACAUCCUCGGGCAUUUCUUUCUUGGUAUUCAGAACUCAAUUCUUGGUGUGUCCGUACUUGGUAUCAUCGCGAUCGCUUCGGACCGUUACGUGGCAACCUCCUUCCCAAUCCUGCAUUUUCGACGUAAGAAGAAAAGAAUUGCGCACCUUGUCAAUGGCCUCAGCUGGGUGGUUGCUUUGUUCUUCUGGGUUCCUAUCACCACGAUCUGGAACAUGGUGGAACCAUUUCAUACAGCAUCUAAGAAAGGCUUCCUUUGGGUAAAUUAUGGCCGAAAUUUCUAUUCCAGUAUUGCGGUUACAAUUGCCAGAUUUGCCAUUCCCAUUGUCAUUAUUACAGUUAUUUAUAUCAAGAUAAACUUUACAGUGAAAGCCUCUGGUAGCCGAAGUUUGUGGAAGAGAUUCAACCUCAAACCAAUGAACGAAGCCGAAGGUGACACAAACACUCAGUUUCAGAGUGAAACAACGAAUGACAUUUCCUUGACAGACCCUCACGAUCAAAGUCUUGACAAUGAUGAUGGUACCCGAAUCGAUAUCAAUGCCAGUGGUGUUCAAAACGAUGAUACUGUGGUCAACGUUCAUAAUCAGCAAGGAAUCGUCGAAGUCCAACAAGAAACAGAUACUAAGGACUCAACAUCAAACCAACCGAAUAGCAUCUGCUCUUGUAGACCUUCAAAAGAUAACCCCAGAAGAGAAGAUCCAGAAACCUAUUCCCGACAGCUACAUAGUCGAUCGGAUCCAUCCCAAAAAAUACAAACUCGCAGGGUCGCAGGGCCACCACUAGCCAAGGACAGUCGUGUGAAACCUAGUCAACUAUCCACAUCCAAUAACAACAAAGUAAUGCGAACUCUGACUUUGAUCACAGUAGCGUUCUUCUUGACUUGGUUGCCAAGUAGCGUAGCCAUUAUCGCCCUCGACAGCAAGAGUAAGCAUGCAAGCGUUACAGAAUUUGUUCGCUGGGCGUCGUACUCCAAUAGUCUUAUCAAUCCCAUCACGUAUGCCAUUGCGCAACCAAUUGUUCGCCAGACCAUCGUGCGAAUUUUGAGAUGCCGUUAA